AUGUUUUCAGGAUGAAAUAUAACGCUGCGGUAAUUUCCCCCCAAGACCCUGAUGUACCGUUGGCGGCAGCGGACGAAGAGAUGCCCGACCUCAUGUCGGAGGAGGAGGAGGAGGAGGAGGAGGAGGAGGAGGAGGAGGAGGAGGAGGAGGAGGAGGAGGAGGAGGAGGAGGAGGAGGAGGAGGAGGAGGAGGAGGAGGAGGAGGAGGACGACGAGGACGAGGAGGAGGAGGAGGAGGAGGACGACGAGGACGAGGAGGACGAGGAGGACGAGGAGGACGAGGACGAGGAGGAGGAGGAGGGGGAGGAGGAGGAGGAGGAGGAGGAGGAGGAGGAGGAGGAGGAGGAGGAGGAGGAGGAGGAGGAGGAGGAGGAGGAGGAGGAGGAGGAGGAGGAGGAGGAGGAGGAGGAGGGGCAGCAGCCGCCCCGAUCUUGCGAGGCCGGGAUUCCGGACGACGACCGAGGCACGGAGCGUCAAGGCCGCCCCAACAACACGAGGGCGGCCCGCAUGGCGCGCGCUCGCACUGCUUGCGAGCAGGAAGUCGAGGACAACUACGGGGAGGGCCUUGGCGAAGGAUAGGUCGGAAAUUGAAUCUUGGUGCGA